AGAAAGAGAGAGAGAGACGCUCCCUCCAAUGAGAAAAGUUUACUUGUCCUCCGUGCGCACAGUCCCACAGCUGAGGACAUUGAUGUGAGCGCAGAGGCUUCCAGGUUUUUACGCGCACUUCUUUCCCCCCCAUCUCUCACCCUCACACACGGAGCACACUUGCACCUUCUUCUUCUUCUUCUCUUUCUUCUUCUUCACCUUUAGUUUGUAGCAGCAGCAGCAACAGAAAACCAACAACCAGUCGUUUUGGUCUUUUUCGUUCCUUUCUCCUCCACCCUUCCUUUUACGUGAAUGAUUCUCUCUCGCAAUUCUACGACCUCCACGACUCGAGUAUCCUCGGACGGCUCCGGGUGCGCACGACCUCACCUCGGCACAUCUUCCCUCCUGAAGCUCAGACGCCACCAGGACUUCCACUGCGGCCUCGGACGCACUUUGGGGAAAUACCAGUCGACGAGGCAGAACGUGAUUCUUUGCGCAGCGGCAGCGGCAGCAGCAGAAACGGCUGAAGCGAGCGACACCAUGAGUCUGAAAACUGACCCCGAGCCCAACAACAACGUCUCCAUCGAGGAGGAGGUACGAACCCUGUUUGUCAGUGGCCUACCGGUCGAUAUCAAACCCAGGGAACUGUACCUGCUCUUCAGACCCUUUAAGGGUUAUGAAGGGUCACUGAUUAAGUUAACUUCAAAACAGCCUGUCGGGUUCGUAACCUUUGACAGCAGGACUGGAGCUGAAGCUGCAAAAAAUGCGCUAAAUGGCAUCCGUUUUGACCCCGAAAGUCCCCAGACCCUGCGCUUAGAGUUUGCUAAAGCCAACACGAAGAUGGCAAAGAGUAAGCUGAUGGCCACACCGAACCCCACAAAUAUCCACCCUGCUCUAGGAGCACACUUCAUUGCACGGGACCCAUAUGAUCUGACAGGGGCAGCACUGAUCCCAGCAUCGCCGGAUGCGUGGACUCCUUACCCCCUGUACACCACGGAGCUGACCCCAGGCCUCCCUCACGCAGCCUUCACUUACCCAGCGGCCGCUGCCGCUGCUGCAGCCCUCCACGCCCAGGUGAGGGAGCAACCGAUGCGCUGGUACCCGACUCCCUCUGAGACCUCCCAGCCUGGAUGGAAAUCCCGGCAGUUCUGUUAGACACUUAGCUACUGGAAACCACACCUUUGUCCAGCCGAAGUGAGGUUUGCCAAGCUCUUCAUUAAUUUAAUCAGGUUUAUUUAAUGGACAAAUGUGCAUUAUUAUAAACAAAACAGUAUUUAUACCUCCUCCCGAUUGUCCCUUGGGGGGAGUUUGAGUUGAAAUCAUCUUGCUGUCGACAAUCUGAGCUUAUCCUUGGCAACUAUUGCGGUACCAUCGUAGCACUUCAAAAAAAUAAAUAAAUAAAUGAAUUAAAAAAAAAAAUAUCCUCGUGCAAACCCUAGUGAAACUCGACGGAUCGUAUUUGCUGAGGGAAAUUGUCGCAUUGAAGUUACCGUUAUUAAGCUAGUCUCUCCACGGGUGACCGCUGCUCCGGGGAGGUGUAGAAGCGUUAAGAGUCCUUGCAUGUUCAAGUCUUUUUUGGCAUGAAUUUAGAACGCAGAGUUCUGUGUAUCCUAAUUUCCUUAGUGUUUGUGUUGCCUCUUUACCUUUGCCUAGACAGCGAAAUGUUUUGUUUUCCUGUAGAACCUUGGUCUUACCUCUGUGAAUGUUAGGCUGUUGUGUAAAUGGCUUAUCUCGCAUGGACCUUGUGAAUGCCUCCCUACGUUCGAUGAAAAUCCUAGUCCCUUAUGAUCAUAUCAAUGUCUGUCAUUAUUUGAGCAAAAGAAAGUUCAAGUAUUUUUGGACUUUUUUGCGUAAUGUAUAUUUAUGCAUUUUUGUGCAACUAAAUAAUGAACCUGUAUAAGUUGGAUGUUUAGUCGUCUCUUGUGUUUUUGGUGUUAUUUUACAGAUCCUAUAAUCCUGUUGAAGUAGUUUUAAAGAGGAAAAAAAAGUGCAAUUUGUUUAAAGGGGGAAGUGGGUAUCUGUCAAAAAAAAAUAAUGGAAGUCUUCUGUACGUGGCUUGAGCCAUUCUGCUAAAAUGAGAUUGCUGUGAGACGAUCUUUCAGAAUGUGAAACUGGACUACAAACGUAAAGGGUUGCUUUUUUUUGCAGGGGCCAUUUUGAAAUGGGAAGCAGGAUUAGAGUAAUGGAGGACUUUAGUUUGUGGUUUAGAACAUGUUUGUCUUUGUAUCUGCUGUGCAUAAGAUGUAAAAAAAUAUUCCCAUCUUAUGAAUAAAAGAAGUGAAUGCA